AAAGGCGCCAAUCAUGAAUGUUAUGCAAAGAGUGAAUGACUACGACAAAUCGACAAGUAGUGUUGAUCGUCUCAGGUCAAGAGUUUUGUACAACCAACACUGUACUUGAGAAAAGUAGUUGGCUACUGAACCCUAAAACUGCUUCUACUUUGGUAUCCAACGAGUUUGUCACGAGAGAGGAUGAAGCUUCAAAUACUCCAGUCCGCGUGUGUCUCAAUCAACUUGGAUUGGACUUGGACCCCGAGUUUUUUCGAGUAUGUUUGAAUUUUGUUCGGUAUCAGUGCUUGGUUUGCAGUGAAGAAGAGAAUCUUGAUGGCGUUUUGCUUACCGCAAAACAGCUAAAGUUGUUCGACUUGGUUCGAGUUAUAGAAAAGAAAAGGGAGGAUAAUAGAAAGUCAGCCGAAGACGUGAGACGUCGGCAACUUUUAAACAUGUUUAACUUUACAGGAUGGUUGCACGCGGAAACGUUGAAGGAGGUCAACUAUAAUUGUCGUCCAGUUCAGGCUUCAGAGGUGGAUUUUAGUGGACUAGAUUUAAGUUUUGUUCAGGCACCUGGAGAAGCUUUUACUGGUAUGAAUCGAUCGAACUUUCGCAAAGCAAACUUUAGCAACUGUAGACUUUAUGGAGCCAAUUUUCGUGGAGCUGACUUGUCUUAUGCUUGUCUUCGUAAUGCAGACUUGAGAAAGGCUGAUUUUCGUGAUACUAUUCUGGUUGGAGCUGACUUGUGUGGAUGUCAAGUGGAACAUGCCAAUUUUAUUGGCUGUAGUUUUGAUGGAGCGAAAAUGGAAAAGUUGGUCGGUGUGGAACGUUCGACAAUCCACGCUGCGAUGCAUAGCAAACUGAAUGAAAAGCCACUUGCUACUCAGAAAAAGUGGUACACUCCUUGGACAUAGAAUCUUUCUUUGCUUUCAUGGUGCGAUAACUUGUGAGAC